AAAAGAAUAGAAGAAGAGGUUAAGAUUUAAAAAUCAGCAUAAGGUGUUAACAAGAACUGAAGCGGAAUAAAUGCGAAGGAACUAGUGUAACAUGGGAGUGGUACGCCAAAUUGAAAUAAAACAAGGGAAAUUGCUAGCGCUGUGAAAACUUAUGCAAGGUACAGAGAAGUGUGUGUAUAACCAAAAGCUAUGAAUAGGUACAAUCACCAUUUGUUUAAAAAAAUGUAGCGAGCUGUAUAAUUAAAGUGAUGCAAAGUAAUUACAAGUAUGGGUCACAAAAUAAAUAAGUUUCAUCAUGGCAUAACUCGAGUAAAAAUAGUAAAAUCUGUGAAAAUAGAUUGAGCGGAUUAAAAUGUACAGUAUAGAAGUGACGUAUUUAUAUGCAAAAAUAUUUAACGGUCCGUUUAACUAUACAGUGAAAGUUUUUGUUUUUACAUUUUAUUAUAUUGUUUUAUUUAUUUUAUUAUUUUUUUUAUCUGGUCCAUAUUUUUGUUCGUUUGGUUUGUAAUUCCACGAGUGUUGGGAGCCACCAUACGACAAUGGAAUGGACUGGUCUAGCUAGCGGUUCGCGUGCAACGCCAAAAAUAAAAUGUUAGAACACUGUAACGAGAGAGAAAUCUAACAGGAUUAGUAAAUGAAAAAGUGGCUACUGCCCACAACGAAACCCAAAAGAGUAAAUAUCAUGAAAAAUGAAUGUAACGUGAGAAAAGACAUGAAGGUAUGAGUAACUCUUGUAAUUAAAAGCGUUUAGUUAACAAAUUCACAGUAUCGUUUAGGCCAGUGUACACGCCGACCAGAGCGUGUAACCGGUGCUUUACUUGUCUCAUCCGGAGAACUGCUAGGUUUAGUAGGAUUUUCGACAAUCGAACUUGGCUGGGGUGUGGGUGCGGGCGUAGUUGCUGGUUGUGUAGGCGUGAGGGGUACAGAUUCUUCAAUGUAGGCCGCUUUAAGUCUGUCGACACUUACGGUGUCUUGACGGCCAAGUCGAUCAAUAACAAAAAAUUUUUCUUUCCUACUAACGACCUUGAAUGGUCCAUCAUAAGGAGGUUGUAACGGUCUACGAACGGCGUCGCAACGCACAAAAACGUGCGUACAGUCAUCGAGUCUAGCAUCUACUUGCACUCUCUUGUUUUGUGUGCGUGUGGGAGUUGGUUGCAGGCGCUGCAUAAGGCGCUUGAGGUUCUGAGCAUAACAAUGUACAUCCGUAGCACUUGUCUCACCAAUUUUCAGGUGAGAUAAUUUCACCAGGUAGACGAAGGGUGGUAGAAUUUUUGUCCAACCCUAUCACAUACAGUGGUUUGAAAUCUAUGCCUACAUUACCAUAGCUGUGUUGCUUUCGAGACUUCGUACACACUUAUCAACUCUUUACUGCUAUCACAUGCAUAUCUGGCAGCGGUGCAAACUCGCCCACAGAUUCCCAACGUAGUGUCAGGAAAUUACAUUAAGGUGGUAACUUCUAUUGAUCUAACGACCUUCCUGCAAUGGUGAGACUUGUAGAAUCAUUAUUUCCUGCCAGUGUUGUAGCUUGUCGGUUCAUUGGGAUAUGCAGGCCCGACCAUUAUGUCAAGAUACCAGCUAUCAGUCGGGAUUAAGUCUCUAAAGAACCGUAAAUUUCGAUUUCGAAGGUUGUUUGAUUAAUUUGAUAUGAUUAUGAGCCAUAAAUUGUGCUUGAAAUAUCACCUAGUGAACAUUGUGUCAAUUAAAUCAAAUAAAAUCAAAUAACUCACAUGAGAUUAUGCUAUACCUGAAUGUAGAUGUACUACUGUUAUAUCGUGUUACAUUUUCAUGCAGCAGUUUGACACCUUGUAAUGUUUGCCGAUUUUGUUCCACCUAAAUAAAUCAUAGUAAAAUCUGAAUAUUAAAAUCUGUAAAGAUAGACAUUAAGCAGUUAAUGCAUUUCAACAUCAAAAACAACAACAACUUUAUUGAUGUGGUUUCAUGCUUUGUGUACAAUGAACAGACCUACUGAAUUUAACAUUAUUUUGUUGUUGUUUUUUUUGUUUUACUCCCGAUUGUGAUGCGUUUUUCAGCCGAUUGUUUCUCUCACUGAAGAUGAUGAAGAAAUAUCUCCUGAUUUGAGCGAUUUACUUCCAAAGAUUCGUAAGAUUAUAGAUGUAAGUUGUUCAUUCUUAAUUAAUUUCUUUUUAUGCCUGAUUAUUUAGCAAAAUGUCAUGAAACCUGUUGAUCCCGAGUUAUGUCAGUUGUUAAAGUUAUUGAGUGAAGGUCUGAGUAUUGCUGACAGACAGGAUGGAUUUUCCAAGUAUUUACGUGAUCAAGAAAAAAUGCAUCUACCAGCCUCAUCUACAUCACACAGAGAAAUCAUGGAGAUGGUUAGUUCAUUGAAUGUAUUUUUAGCUAAGCUGACUUUAACUGCUGACACUGUUGACCAAAUGUGAUUUUACAGAAAAACAAGACAUUGAUUCACAACCAUGAUCUAAAUACUCAACCCUCUGAAGAUAUUAAUUUUGAUGGAUAAGAAUCUGAAGGCAUCUGUAAAGCGCCAUGUUCCGGAGGUGUGUGUGUUUGAAUCUAAAAGUGAUUGAAUUUCUGUAAUUGUGUACAUAAAUAACAGCGAGGAAAUUACACAAUGGAAAAUGAAAAAUUCGAUUUACAGUGAAA